AUGGAUUCCCUUCCCACCGAAAUACUUGGCCUCAUCUUGCAAUGGGAGGUGCGCAUGUGUGAGAGACAUAAGAACACCAUAGUUCAACAUCGGUUGGUCUGCAAGGCAUUUGAUCUGGCCCUACGCGCCUUUGCAUUCAAGACGGUACAGCUUGAGUUCUCCAGAUUCCUGCGACAUGAGGCGACACCCGAUCCCGACAGCUUAUCGAGCGUGGGGGCCAUCUGCGAGGCUAUACACUUGGACUUGAUGGUCGUGAGAGACGAGGAGGAGAUCAGUCGAUUAUCAAGCGUCUUCCAAGGUCUAUUAUCAAAGGUACCCGAGAUGAGUCCACUCCUGGAUUCUCUUCGCAGGUACUGCAUGAAUGAAAAUACCUUUGACGAGACGGAUUUUAGGACUGUCGUCGAGAGAGUAGUAUGGUCUACACCCAACUUGCGCCGGUUGAAGUUGAACCUCCCCUUCCAAGUAGUCGGCCAGACCAGUCGAACCGCCACGAUAUUGCUAGCAACAACACUUGCAUGCAUUGCAAGACGGCCCGAGGAACACAUUACUUUGGAGACAAUGGUCUUGGAUCAUGUCAGCGAUACCUCGGUGGUGGAUAUAUGCAACAAUCCAAUGGAUGUGAUCAAUGCCGUUCGCGUCUUCGAGGGGCUCAAGCACUUGGUGUUGCAGAUCAAAAGGCAAGAGACUCUCCAGGCGUCACAAAUAACGUUCAGCGACAACCUCUGGUUUUUGAUCGAGAAGGCGUCACAUCUGGAAAGUCUAUGCUUGAUAGGAUGGAACGUCCGAAGGAAUAUCAAGACCAGGAGACAUUGCCACAAUGUGGCCUACAAUCAUUGGAUAAUGCGUUCUCUGCCAUUCCACAGAGACAUCUCUUCUAAGCUGACUCAUCUGCGGUUCCUAGAGCUCAAAAGAGUGGAUAUAAGGGCCCGUUCUUUCGUGAGUCUCAUGAGGCAGAUCGCACCCUCGCUGAAGGAGUUAUACCUGAAUCAAGUCUAUCUCAAAGUCCGCGCUCCUCACGCUCUCCCUCAGGGCCCAGACUUAUGGAUCGGUGGCGUGGGUCGGAAAGGAGAGGAGGCGUUUUGGAUCGCUGAAGACCUCCGUGCUUCGACAGAGCUGAAGCUCGAUAUCCUUCGAGUCACUGGCCUCGGAUAUGACGAUUUCCGGGCUUUUCCUGACCCAGAAUACCCAACGUAUGACUUUGAGGAUCCGACCAGCCAGAAUCGGUGUUUCGAUCAACGAUUCGUCGACGCGGUAAUCAAAGGGCUGGAUCCUUUUGCACCAGUAGUAGAGCCGGCCACCCCUUCUCCCCAUGGCCCUCCACAUGAUGCUCUCCCUGAGUCUGUAGACCUUGGGGGCUUGUUGGAACAUACCCAAAUAUCUUCAAGUGGAUCAGAUACUGCGCGACGGAGGGACUGGGAUGCAGAAACAUUCCAAAGCUAUCAUAACCCGACGUCGGAAUUCAAGCGAUCGUUAGAUGGGUUUUUCACGAACCAUAACGAGCGAGCGCUCAAGGAGCUGCAGAAUAUUAUUACGGUGGCCGAUCGUGGAAUGAUGUUGCUCUCCGCAGAGAUUGAUCGAGCCAGAGAUGAAGGUGCGAUUGCUACGCAGCUUGCUGGCAAUACUUGA